CUUUAUUCUAUAAUAACGGUGGAUUUAUGUUCACUUGCAAUUUUAACUGAUUUCAUCAAAUAUAAGCUGUUGAGCAGAAGUUUGAAAUUUAAUUCGUCGAGGAAUUUCGCAAGUAUUUUAACAGAAUGGAGAGGUGGAUACAUGACAGUUUAUCCGGCUUGCUGGAUUUUCCUGUUCCAGAUGAUCUGACACAGUACAUUUUGAAAAUUCAAAACAUGACCGAUCUGGAUGAAUAUUUAUGCACUCUGCUCGAUUCUAACAAUCCUAAGCAUCGACAGUUUAUUAUGGAGUUAAAACGAAGGCAACAGGGCACUCUUGCUUCGUCCGCAGACCUCGUAGGGUACAAAAAGGUAGCAGACGAUGAAACUACAACUUCAAAGAAAAAUUCUGAGAAGCAGGGUGAAAAGAAAAAGGGGAAAAUGAUAAAUAAUGAAAUUCAAACGGAAGGUGGAAAGUCAGAAAAGAAAAAACCUAAAUUUACUAACCUAAAUUCGCAAGAGGAAAUUGGAAAGACAGACAAGACAAAGAAGAAGAAAACGAAAUUUGUCAAUUUAUAUUCCCAAGAGGGUAAAGACAGAGAAACGAUUCUUUUAAAAGGCAGAUACAAGUGUGAUUGCGAAGCUCGCAAGCAUUCCCUUAUAAACAAUUGCUCAAAUUGUGGCAGAAUAGUUUGUUCUCAAGAAGGCUCAGGUCCGUGCUUCUUUUGCGGCAACCUGGUAUGCUCACCGGAUCAACGGGCUAUUCUUUCAAACGGAUCCAAGCAAGCGGAUAAUCUUUACAAUAAACUCAUGGAUCAGAAGCCGAAUAAAGCAUUGGAGGACUCUCUACAACAUAGGAACAAGCUUUUGGACUUUGACCGAAACAGUGCACGCCGUACAGAAGUUAUAGACGACGAAGCAGACUAUUACCAGGCAAGCAGCGUGUGGUUGUCUAAUGAAGAGAGAGCUAAGCUGGUGCAGAGGGAAGCAGAGUUACGAGAGAAACGUCAUGGUUCCCGAAUAAAUAAAAAAAUAGUUGUCGAUUUUGCUGGCCGAGAGAUCAAUGAGGAGGAAGAUGAGACUUUUAAUAAAUCAUCAGAUCCAAUACUGGAUCAGCUUCGGGACUCGACUACUUUGACAGAUGACAUUGCGUGUCCCAUGGAAUUUGAUCGACCAAAGUAUGUCAAGAUGAAUUUAUGGGAUACAAGUGGCAGUAGACAAGUAAAGAGUAAAACGGAGUCCUCUGGAGUCAUUCAUCGCAUACAAGACAAAGAAUUACUGGAAAUGUCUGACGAUGGAUUUUGUCUUAGUAUGCACCAGCCCUACGCAUCAUUGUUGGUUGCUGGAAUUAAAAGGGACGAAGGUCGCACAUGGUACUCAGCACAUCGAGGCAGACUGUGGAUCGCAGCAACUGCAAAAGUUCCUUCUUUGGCAGAGAUAUCCACUGUGGAGAACACCUAUCGCGUUUUAAGGGAUGAAAACAUCAAGUUCCCAGGAAACUAUCCCACGGGAUGUCUCCUUGGUUGUGUGACGGUGGUCAAUGUGUUGUCUCAAGAGGAGUAUCGGAAGCAAUUUCCAGAGGGUGAGAGCGACAGCCCCUACGUGUUCCUGUGCGAGGAUGCUCACGAGCUGCCCCUGAGGUUCCCAAUAAAAGGAAAGCAUAAGAUCUAUAAGCUGGAGAAGAAGAUACACCAUGCGGCAGUGAAGACUCUCGCUCGAGUAGCCAGAUAAUCGGAGUUUCAGUCAACCGAUUUUGGCUUCAACAUUAUACUCUCCAUCUACCUAAACCAUACUUCCAAAGACUCCAGGAAAUAAUUAGAGAUAAUCCCUAACGCAACGUGCCAACGAAAGCUGCGAUUAGACGUCGUUAUCAAUAUGGA